ACGAGUCAGAGUGGCAGCUGACACACGCGGAGAGAGACAGAUGGAGAAAGUGAAAGAAUCCUGAGGAGAAAACACGGGAAAACCGAGAGAGGAGCGUCCCGUAGAGCCGUGAUAGAGGGUUGGGACGAGGAAGAGGAAGAGAGAUUGAGAGAGGAGGAGUGGAUGGUAGAGAGCCGGAGACACAGCGCGCGGGAGGGAGAAAGAUGGCCUCGGUAACGGCGGAGAAUGGCUUCAGCACCGCGGACAGCUCCGGUAGAAUGAACGGACUCAACAGCGCGAUCCCGAUGAAAGAUCACGACGCCAUCAAGCUCUUCAUCGGUCAGAUCCCGCGCAAUCUGGACGAGAAAGACCUCAAGCCUCUGUUCGAGGAGUUUGGAAAGAUCUACGAGCUCACGGUGCUCAAGGACCGGUUCACCGGGAUGCAUAAAGGAUGUGCCUUUCUAACGUACUGUGCCAGAGAGUCAGCGCUGAAGGCCCAGAGCGCUCUCCACGAACAAAAGACUCUUCCCGGGAUGAACCGGCCCAUCCAGGUGAAACCGGCCGACAGUGAAGGACGAGGAGAAGACCGGAAGCUGUUUGUGGGCAUGCUGGGGAAGCAGCAGUGUGAAGAAGAUGUGCGGCGGUUGUUCGAGGCGUUCGGACAGAUAGAGGAGUGCACCGUGCUGCGGGGGCCUGAUGGGGCCAGUAAGGGCUGUGCUUUUGUAAAGUUUUCCAGUCAUGCAGAAGCUCAGGCUGCGAUUAACAGUCUCCACGGUGGACAGACGAUGCCGGGUGCGUCCUCCAGUCUGGUGGUGAAGUUUGCAGACACUGAUAAGGAACGGACUCUGCGCCGGAUGCAUCAGAUGGCCGGUCAGCUCGGCAUCUUCAGUCCCAUGACCAUUCAGUUUGGAGCGUACGGAGCUUACACACACGCUCAGAUCCUGCAGCAGCAGCAGGCGGCGCUCAUGGCAGCGACGCAGGGCUCGUAUCUCAACCCCAUGACUGCGAUCGCCGCCGCUCAGAUGCAGCACAUGGCUUUCAACGUCAACGGCCUGGUGGCUGCCCCCAUGACGCCGUCUUCAGGCACCAGCACUCCUCCAGGCGUCAGUGCCUCCGCUGUGCCCAGCAUCACAGCUCCUCUCGGGGUGAACGGCUUCAGCGCUCUCCCUCCCCAAAGCAACGGACAGCCCUCCUCCGAACCCAUCUACACCAACGGCAUCCAUCCGUACCCAGCGCAGAGCCCGACGCUGGCCGAUCCUCUCCAGCAGGCGUAUGCCGGCGUGCAGCACUAUGCAGCAGCCUAUCCUGCCGCUUAUGCGCCAAUCAGCCAAGCGUUUCCCCAGCAACCAGCCAUCAUCCCCCAGCAGCAGCGUGAAGGACCCGAGGGGUGUAACCUGUUUAUUUACCACCUGCCGCAGGAGUUCGGCGACGCGGAGCUCAUGCAGAUGUUUCUGCCCUUCGGCAACGUCAUUUCUGCCAAAGUCUUCGUGGACCGAGCAACCAAUCAGAGCAAGUGUUUCGAUCUAGCAGUGUGUCGCUCCUCCAAAGGUGCAAUAAAUCGAGGCUCAGGAAGGAAAUGAGAUCAGGUGUUUUUCAUCAGUUUCCUGCGGUGUGCAGAGGAACAGAUUCUCUCUCAUGACUCUCUCUGGUGUCAGUGCGAUCAGAUUCAUCUGUUUAUCUGAACGUGUUGAUUGUGUUAAACACACUCCCUUCUCUAAAGAUGUUGGAGCUUCAUGAUGUGCUUCUGUCUGUGGUCAGGACGGUAACGAUCCUCUCAACCUUUCACAAACCUCUCAGUUCAAUAAAAUUCAUUUUUGUAAAAUUAUAUUUUGAAGUCGCUCACAAUCAACAAAAUGAGCUCUGACAAUGUUUUUUUUUUUUUUAAGUAUUCAGCUUGUUUGUUAUGAUUGCUGUAUUUUCCCAGUGAACU